CCCAGUUGUCUCUCAACCACAGGGGUUUCCUUUAGCCCGCCGGUCUCUAGUAUAACAUUGGCCUGUAACACAAUACUCUUGUCUAUAGUUGUUUCGGGGGCUUUUUUUCUGCGGUUAAGCCUUAAAACUGGAGGCCGCUUUCUUUCUUUGGCUGGUUUUUUCAGGAUGUCUUACUCUCCUCCAAUCAACCGCCCUCCGAUUGGCAUCCCGCAGCUGCCCCCCGGCAUCCCCCCUCCUCAGUAUGCGGGCUUUGCACCUCCGGUUCCUCCAGGGACUCCCAUGAUCCCAGUUCACAUGGGUGUAAUGGCUCCUGCACCUACAGUGCUGGUCCCAACCACAGUUACCAUUACACAGAAGCCGGUAACCACGAAGAAGGACCCUGUCCUCAUCAGAGCCAAGGACCCAGAAGAGGGCGUGGGCCCCACCACCACCGUGUUUGUGGGGAACAUCUCUGAGAAAGCGUCUGACAUGUUGGUCAGGCAGCUUCUAGCAAAAUGCGGUAUCGUUCUGAGCUGGAAACGGGUCCAAGGCGCUUCUGGGAAACUUCAAGCUUUUGGAUUCUGUGAAUACAAGGAGCCUGAGUCCACGCUCCGAGCUCUCAGGCUUCUGCAUGAGCUGCUCUUGGGCGACAAGAAGCUGUUGGUCAAGGUGGACGCUAAAACCAAGGCUCAGCUGGACGAGUGGAAGGCAAAGAAGAGGAGCGCCAACGGGGGAACCACAGACGCAUCAAAAAACGACGCGCAGGACGAGGAGGAGGUUCUCGAUGAAGAAACUGUGCGUCGGGACCAGGUUGUGAAGGGGGCGAUCGACGUCCUCAUCCGAGAGUACUCGAGCGAGCUCAACGCUCCCUCGCAAGACUCGGACGGUCAGCCUCGCAACAAAAAGCGCAAAGAGAAGAAGGAGGAGGACAUCAACGCCAUGGAGCUGGAGGAUGACAAGAGAGACCUCAUAUCCAGAGAGAUCAGCAAAUUCAGAGACACACACAAGAAACUGGAAGAGGAAAAAGGGAAGAAAGACAAGGAACGACUGGAGCUCGAGAAGGAGCGGAGAGAGAGGGACAAGGAGCGCGAGCGCGAGAGGGAGCGGCGCGACCGAGAGAAGGAAAAGGAGAGGGAGAGAGAGCGGGAACGGGACAAGGAGCGGGAACGAGAACGGGAGCGGACGAAAGAGCGCGAGAGGAGUCGAGACAUCAGCGAAGCGCGCAGCAGGUCGAGGGAGAGAAACAGAGAAGAUAAAAAACGAGACCGUGACGAAGACGAGGAAGACGUUUACGAGCGGCGGAGACUCGAGAGGAGGCUGAGAGACAAAGAGGCUGCUUACCAAGAACGGCUCAAAAACUGGGAGAUCCGGGAGAGGAAGAAGGCUCGCGAAUACAACAAGGAAAAUGAGAGGGAGAACGAGAGGCGGCGUGAAAUGAUGAAAGAAGCCAAAAGACUGAAGGAGUUCCUCGAGGAUUAUGACGACGACAGGGAUGAUCCAAAGUACUACAGGGGCAGCGCUUUGCAAAAGCGACUGCGUGACCGCGAAAAGGAAAUGGAAAUGGACGAGCGAGAUCGAAAGAGGGAGAAAGAGGAGCUGGAAGAGAUCAGACAAAGGCUGCUUGCUGAGGGUCACCCUGACCCUGAUGCAGAGCUGCAGAGGAUGGAGGAGGAAGCCGAGCGCAGGCGACAGCCUCCUCUGAACCUGGAACAAGAGGAGGAAGUAAUCCAGGAGAAAACUCACCGCGAGCGUGAACUGGAGCAGGUUCGCGAACGCGACCGCCAUCACGACCGCCACCACGAACGCGACCGCCAUCACGAACGCGACCGCCACCACGAGCGGGAGCGGGAGCGAGAGCGGGAGCGGGAGAAGAGAGCCUCUGAGAGACCCGUGGAGCCAAAGUCCCAACCCCCCCGGCAGGAUUCAGACGAGGAUGACGACAACAAUGGCGCUAACGUCAACGAAAGGCACGAGGACGACUUCCGCGACGGCGAAGACUCACUAGAGGCCAAGCCCCAACUCAAGCCCAUAAUGAGACCAAUCACCAUUGCCCCAUCAGUUUCUUCUGCUAGUGGGAACGCGACUCCAAACACUCCUGGGAACGAUUCCCCCUGCGGCAUAAUCAUUCCAGGAGAGAACACCCCCGACCUCCAGCCUUUAGAGGAACAUCGGCCCAGGAUCGGCCUCAGCCUCAAGCUGGGCGCGACCAACAGCCCCAGUCAGCUCAAUGCUGUCAAGAGAAAGAAGCUGGCGGCGGUGGACAGCGUCUUCAACAAGUUCGACGACGAGGAAGCGGACGAGCAGCCCCGCAAAAGGAAGCUGGUUCCCCUGGACUACGGCGACGACGACAAGAGUCUGGGACUCGACGGGGCAGACAUUUCCGCCGCCAAGGGCGGCAGCAUCAACACAGAGGAGAAGCGGAAGCACAUCAAGAGCCUUAUCGAGAAGAUCCCCACCGCCAGGCCAGAGCUUUUCUCUUACCCGCUGGAUUGGGCUAUGGUCGAUUCAGCUCUGAUGGAUCGGCGGAUUAGACCGUGGAUUAAUAAGAAGAUCAUUGAAUACAUAGGGGAGGAGGAGCCCACCCUGGUUGAUUUUGUCUGUUCUAAGAUAAUGGCACACAGCACUCCCCAGGGGAUCCUUGAUGAUGUGGCUAUGCAAGACAACUCCGAUUCAGAAGAGGAAGGAGAGGAUGUAUCCGAAGAAGAAGAUGGAGAGGAAUACAAUCCAGAGGAUGAUGAAUCAUCUUCAGAAGAAGAAGAAAACCCUGAAGCUGAAAGUGAGACUUUCCUUUCAAAAAAUGGCACAAUAACAUGGUCUUCAGCGACAUAUCACCAACACGGCAGCCAUGCAGUACGAAACUUUUUAACGAUGACCCCAGGACCCACAAGGUAUGCCGUUUCUCAUGCCCGUGAUAUCGUUUCUACAUUCUACCUGUUUAUCACACCAGCAAUCAAAAAAAUAAUCCUGGAGAUGACAAAUCUGGAGGGUUUUCACAAAUAUGGAAACGGCUGGAAAAAGAUGGAUGAGAUUGACCUCCAGGCCUAUUUAGGGCUGCUAAUCCUAGCAGGUGUAUACAGGUCCCGAGGUGAGGCUGCAGCUAGUCUGUGGGAUGCAGAGAAUGGAAGGCCAAUUUUCCGAGGCACAAUGCCACUCAAACUCUUUCACACCUACUCAAGACUGAUACGGUUUGAUGACCGUGAAUCAAGACCAGCAAGACGUGCGACAGACAAACUUGCACCCAUAAGAGACGUAUGGGACAAGUGGGUGGAGCGGUUGCCCUACCUCUACAAUCCAGGGCCUGACGUGACAGUGGAUGAGCAACUGGUUCCAUUUAGAGGUCGUUGUCCUUUCCGGCAGUAUAUGCCCAGCAAGCCAGCAAAAUAUGGGAUCAAGACAUGGGUGGCUUGCGAUGCCAAAUCAAGCUAUGCUUGGAAAAUGCAAGUCUAUACUGGGAAGUCAACCAUUGGAUGCCCGGAGAAGAACCAGGGGAUGCGAGUUGUGCUUGAUAUGACAGAGGGACUGAGCGGUCACAAUGUGACAUGUGACAAUUUCUUCACCUCUUAUGAACUCGGACAGGAGCUCCUGAACAGGAAGAUCACCAUGGUUGGUACAGUUCGAAAGAACAAGCCUGAGCUCCCACCUGCACUGCUUACGUCAAAGGAGAGAGAGGUCCUCUCCUCAAAGUUUGCCUUCACGCCCACCACCACUCUUGUUUCCUACCUCCCAAAGAAAAACAAGAACGUCGUUCUUCUGAGCACACUGCACAAACUCGGCGACAUUAGCGAUCGAGAGGACAAGAAGCCAGUCAUCAUCCUGGAUUACAACAGCACCAAAGGAGGUGUGGACAACCUGGAUAAGGUGAUUGGAGCAUAUAGCUGCAGAAGAAUGACUGCCCGCUGGCCCCUGGUCAUCUUCCACAACAUCAUUGAUGUGUCCUCCUACAAUGCCUUUGUGAUUUGGAGAGAGAUCAACCCAACCUGGAUGUCUCGUAAGCACAACAAGAGGAGGAUGUUCCUGGAGCAGCUAGGAAGGGCACUUGUAACUCCACUCAUUAAAAGAAGGAAGCAUGCCCCCCGCACAGAAGGCUCAGCAGCAGUUGUGAAAGCCAUUCAGAGUGCAGCAGCUCCUGAUCAACCUGAGAAUCCAUCGACCAGAGCCACUUCCCCAGUUACGCCAAGUAAGAGGAAGAGAUGUCAGUUCUGCCCUCAAAAGAAGGACUGUAAAACACAAACUGUGUGCUGCAGCUGUAAGAAAUAUAUCUGCAAAGGCUGUGCACUUGCAUACUGCCCUACAUGUGCUAAUUAGUUGAAUGGAUUAUGUUAUCCAUCCAUCCAUUUUCUGGUCACCCUUCUCCCUAUUGGGGUCGGGAGGUGCUGCUGCCUCUCCAGCUGCGUUCCAGGCCAGAGGCGGGGUUCACCCUGGACAGGUCGCCAGUCUGUCGCAGGACAACACAGAGACAAACAGGACAAACAACCAUGCACACACACACUCACACCUAGGGAGAAUUUGGAAAGACCAAUCAACCUGACAGUCAUGUUUUUGGACUGUGGGAGGAAGCCGGAGAACCCGGAGAGAACCCACAAACGCACAGGGAGAACAUGCAAACUCCAUGCAGAAAGACCCCGGGCCGGGAAUCGAACCCAGGACCUUCUCGCUGCAAGGCAACAGUGCUACCAACUGCGCCACUGUGCAGCCUGGAUUUUUAUUUUUUUUUUUUGUACUGUAUAUUCUCUUAAAUCGUUCACUGGAGAAAGUCAUUGAGAUGAAUGAAAAUGCAUUCGAAACUCCUUUUUACACAUUUUUUUCCUUUCCUUAUGCUAUAGAAAUUCAAGUGGAGAGGGAAAACUCAAUUUUUCACACGUUUUGUGGUGAAUUACAAUAUACAAGAUGAAAUUUGGUGUUUAAAAUUCAAUUAAGCUGCUUAGAUUGGGGGUUUAGUGAAGACAGGUAAUUUUGAAGUGGAGGACACAGAGUGCAUACAGAAAAUGAGGACAACAGGAGGGUUGCAAGUUAGAUUAAUAAUUAUCUACAAAAAUGUAUAAAACCGAAAAAAAACAAUCCAUAUCCAGUUCAGUGAUUGAUGCGGGACAUUUCACUCUUUUUGCCUGGAGUUUUAGUUAUUGGAGUCAUCUGCUGCGAGACAUUUUCUACCGACUGUACAGUCCGCUCAUAGUUAUCCAUUUGAAAAACUGGCUUUUAAUACUAUGAAUAAAUUAAAUACGCCAGCAGAAGGUCACUUAGAGCUACAGGGGUUUGGCCAGGGAUCAUAAUCUGUUAUAUUUCAUAAGAGCCAGAUGGUCCAAACAUGGAUCAGUAGCAGAAUAAAUGGAAACUGGCUGUAUACUACAAGGUUUUUAGAAAAUAGUAUGCAAUUAAUUAAAAUAUUUGUGAGAUUUAUCUACUUCUGUACUCAAUUCAUAAGAAAGUAAAUUGAUACCGUACACUUCAAGUACCUCAUUACAAAGGCAUUUAAAUAGGAAGAGUUAAUUAUGUUGAGUAUAAAAAGUGGAUUUUAUCAUUUUAGACAUCAAUAUUUGGAGGGUUUUUUUUUUUAUUUUUAUGUUCCUGGCUGAACUGCUCUUUAAAAUGUUUCUUUCAACCACAGUGUUAUUUAUUUAAAUCAGGAUUUUGAAGUGAACUUUUGGUUCUCAAAUUCAUCAAGACCUAAAAAAGGAGCAAUGAAACAGCUAGCUUUUUAAAGAGAAUAAAAGUGGCGCCAAUCAAAAAUAGAGGUGGGUAUUUAUUGUAUCGUUUAUCAUGUAUCGUGAUUUAUCGUCAUUAAAGUAAAUUCCAAUCGGUGACAUUUAAAUACCCCUAAAACUAUUUUUAUCCACCAUUUGUUUAAUAAAGGUAUAUCAAUAAAUGUAAAAAUGAUUAAGUCCAUUUCCCGUGUGCAGUUGAGUGAAACAGGUCGCACUCCUUUAUGCGACCGGUGCCAUACAAAAGUCAUAUAUGACAAAUGUUUCUCAAAAGUUUGGCUGUGGCUGCUGUGUUAUGCAGUCAUCCAGCUACAUAAAAAAAUACAUGUCGCCACUUUUAUCGUUUCCGCAAGAGUACCACAAAAUAUCGUGAGAACAUUUUAAGUUCAUAUCGCCCAACCCUUCUGAAAAAUAUCACAUCUUGACAGCUGAUAUUGAUUUACAUGCCAACAAAGUGGUGCAACUUAGCCUUUUAAAAGACCGCCCAAUUUAGAAGUCUCACUCAAAAGAAAUCCUUCCUACUUUGCGCUUUAAGAUUCCUAAAUGUCGGAGAAACCUCGAAAUGUGUCUUGGCAGAACUGCCGGUUUCGUUUGGGUAACUCUUCAAGUUUUCGUUUCAGGUUCUCGAUGAAGAAGCCGAAGUCUUCAUAGUAAAAAUGUGGAGGUUGCUCAUUUAUGAAACAGAAGCCAAGAAGAUUGGACUGGUGAAGUAAAAGACUGAAACCCCCGAGCUUUCACUGAAGCUAGCUAGAGUUUGUCCUCCGGUCCUCUGUAAAUACGUGCUCCUACUCCUCUCCAUUCCACCUGCAAGGAGCUGCUACCUUGUACGUAUGCCUGUCUGUGUGAGUGUAUGUGUCCGUAAGGUUCCAGUUUGUGAGCAGAGAGUUUGCACAAACCUCAAGCAUGGUAAAAAUUUGGUUUUAUUGUUUUGUUUUUCUUUUGGCACUGUUAGAGGUGAAGGCAGUUGCAUUUCACUGCCUGCUCUCCAGGUUGUUGAACAUUGUACAUACUGCUUUGAUUUGCUAGUGUUCUGUGAAAGCUCUGCCCUGACAGGUGAACUAAUAAACGUGCUUUUUAAAAAAAAUAAAAUAAAAACAAAAGUUUAAAUGUU